UCUGUCUGUCAUACUAAUAGGCGCGGCCAUGUUGGUCUGUGGUGAAUAAAAUCGAGAUAAUUUGCUUUUAGAGAAUAAAAAUUGACACAAUAUGCCCAAAUGCGACCUCAAGACCAGAUAUAUCCCCGCGACAUUCGCCUGGACACUGCUUUUGGGAACGACUUCUCUGUUUUUUUAUUUUCCAUGCCAGUAUUAUCUCCACCGACACCCAUGGGUACCUGCAUACCAAGGUGUCAUAACCUUUUUUGUUUUGGCCAAUUUUACACUGGCCACUUUCAUGGACCCGGGGGUGAUACCAAAAGCUCCACCUGACGAGGACCGCGAGGAUGACUUCCGCGCGCCCCUGUACCGCAGCGUGGAGAUAAAUGGCAUCACCGUGCGCAUGAAAUGGUGCGUCACCUGCAAGUUCUACCGCCCGCCGCGUUGCUCGCACUGCUCAGUAUGCAACCACUGUAUAGAGACAUUCGAUCACCACUGUCCGUGGGUGAACAACUGCAUCGGGCGGCGGAACUAUCGAUUCUUUUUCUUCUUUUUAAUCUCGUCCAACCCGGGCACGCCGACCCAGCCGAGGCGCGCAGACUUCGCGCCCCGCGGCUCCCCGCAGCGCCGUUUCCUCUCCGAGGGCGAGCUGCUGCGCGCCGAGCCGCCCGCGCACCGCCCCACCGCAGACGACAUCCGCGAGCUGGCCGCCUCGCCGCAGCGCGGCUACACCUGGGCCGAGCGCCCACCGCACCCCGCGCACCCCGCGCAUCCCGCGCACGCCCAGCCGCACCCCGCACACCCCGCGCACCCGCCGCACCCCUCGCCGCUGUCGAGGCGGCGCACGCCCGCCGUGCCCUCGCACCCGCACCCCCCGCGGCCCGCGCGGCCGCUGUCUUUCGUGCGCGCGCUUGAGGUGCAGGACCAGCUGGAGCGCGCGCCGCCCGUGGAGCCGCCCGACCGCGCUUCCGUCUACGACUGCAACUACGAGAUCUCCGUCUGA